AUGGACUCCUUAGAGAAUCGUCCUGAUAAUCAUACCCAUACUUCGGUCACUCUCAACUUGGUCUAUCAAUUUCAGGCAAAGCUGUUUGCUGAAGCCCACGAUUUCAAGAUUCCCCGGGAGAAUCGAUCCAGCGAUGAGGCAACCACUGAACAGGGUACCUCCCGUGUCCUUAAUGAGUCUCAGUAG